UAAAGCGGCAUAAAACUAAACUCACUCCCUUGAGAGUAUAAGAAACGGUGUUACACGAUUGUAGAAGUACACGAAUAGAUACAAACGAGACACACCUGAGACAGCAUUUUACGCAGAAUUGUUUUAUAAAACGCUGGAAUCGCCCGUGUAAAUAUACGAAAUAGACUGGGCCCAAUGGAGUAAAAAUUAUAUUGAAAACCAAAAAGAAAACUAAGUAAUAACAUAACCCUCCUCACGGCGUGAGUGACUCAACUUCCUACAUAAAACCGUGUAUGUGAGUUUAGUUUUUACCAUUUAACGAUAAUAAGUUGCUAGUUGUUAAUUAGUGUUUGAAAUAUUAAAUAUUAUCAUCGUGAGAUAAAUGUGUUUGAUAGAAUAGUAUUAUGAAUAUGAUUGUGUGUAAAUCGUGUAGAAUGUGUUGUAUCAAAAAUGAUGAUUUUGUAUGCAUUACUUCUAUUCAUAAUGCCUGCGACACAUUCCAGUGUCGUUUUAGAAUGGUUUGAUCCACAAUUUUAUAAAAUCACGAUUCGGACGAGCGACUGCCUCAAUCAAGGACAAGAACGAACAUUAGGUGGUGGCUUGAUUAGUGCGCUGAUGGUGUAUUUGGGGCUGGUUCGACUGAGACGACUGCUGGGGAUGUCUAAGCGUAAGGUGUAUGUGUAUCAUGGGGAAGGAGCGGAGGUGAAGUGUCGAAAGCAGCUGUUUGCAUCACUGAAGGAGGCAGUUGAUGAGACUUACACUGUUGCCUAUAUAAAACCAGCCGAUAUCAUUGAAGGUCAUUGGGUCAAGGAUGCUGCACUGCUUGCUAUUGGUGGAGGAUAUGACCUUGGCCUCAUCCGUGCACUAGGGGCUUCUGGGAUAAAGAUUAUCAGAAACUAUGUGCUGAAAGGAGGGGCAUACUUAGGGUUGUGUUCAGGGGGGUACUUCGGCUGUGACUUUAUAGAAUUUGACAAAUGUGGACCUUUAGAAGUUUGUGGAGAAAGACAUCUGAAGUUUUUCCCAGGUCUCUGUGAAGGUCCUGUGUUUCCUAAUUUCAAAUACAACUCCUACCAAGGUGCAGUUGCAGCACCAACUGAAUUCUUGGACACAAAUCUGCAAAAAGUUGUUAAAUUUCAUUCCUAUUUCAACGGAGGGGGACACUUUCAGCCAUACGACCAUGUCAAGGCCAUCAUGAAGGAUCACCUCGGCUGCCAAGUCUCAGGACAAACAUUACAGACCAUUCCCAGUCUUGCCAUUGAACAUCAGACAGACUUGGGAUCACCCUCAAGGGGAGAUAACCCUUUGCAUACCAGUGAUUUAGUUCCACGAUUUGAUAUUCUUGCCAAAUAUUCCUCCAGUUGAAGGAGCUCCUGCUUCCAUUGUGAAAACAAGCUUUGGCAGUGGUGUGGCUGUUUUGACAGGGAUCCAUGUUGAGUGCAGGACAGAUCAUUUUCCUUUGGACGACCCUUUUGUUGCUGCCAUGAUAGAUGAUU